GUUCCGUGCUUGGCGAUCGCAGUUCCCUUGGCGGUAUUGUGUAGGGCAGUCUGAAAUUCAAGCAGCUUGGCAGCCAAGCUAGUUUUUUUGCACACCUGCUGUGAGCAUUGAAGCGGAAUGGGUAGGUUUUCUUUUGGAUCGGAUUCCGCUUAUCGCUUCAUGCAUCACUUGCAGGUUUGUGGUGACACCCAGAAAAUGAAACAGUUUAGAGGGUGCCGUCUGCAGGAUUUUCAAACGCAUGGAAGCUCACACUUUGUGUGAGCUGAUCAGAGACGCAAGAGACAAGGGUUGCUGGGGCUCCACCAGGAGACAGAGCUAGGGGUCCAUCCCGUAGAGCUUCGUAGCAGCCAACGGUCGACAGUGCAGCAAAUGCAUGCGGCAUAUGUCGGCGAACCAAACCGGAGCGAAGGGUCGUUUGCAGAUGCAAAAGAGUGCGGUCUCCGGGCUCUACUCUCCGUGGCUGGCGCUGCUGCAGCGGAGCCUCAUGGGGAUGCAGUCUUGGGAGGCCCCCGAGGAGUGGACGCCGAGCUGGGAGUCAGGAUGGGGAGGCCCAGACAUGGAGGUUCGCCAGAUGCAGAUCCGCCAGCCGGUUGCCAUGAAAUCAGAAAGCGAAUGGUCAGGAUCUAUGUGGCCCUGGUCUCAAGGCCUUCAAGAAGAUCCGAAGCCGGCAGCGGAUGAAGUUCAGGCCCCGGUGCUGGAGUGGACGUAUCAAGGAUCAAAUCCAGGAUCGAAUCCAGGCCCAAAAACAGACACUGAGAACAACCAGCCGCCGGAAUCCACUACCAAGGAGACGGAUGCCGACAAAGGUUUGGCUGAAGACAUGGCGUCCGCAGUGGCGCUCUUCUUGGCCGGCAAGGACAUGGACGAGGAGAGCGAUGAUGGUGCCUUGCAGCCAUCGCCCAGCGGCGAGAACCGCGAGGUACUUACGCCGGCCACACAAGCGAGCCUUGCGAAGGAGUUGUUGCCAUCAACAUUCGGGGCUGCAGCUAUUGAUGCUCCACCCUUCGUACCUGGAGCGCUUCAAAUGGGCAGUGCAGAUGCAGACCAGCCAUCAAGGAGAACAGAGCUGCGAUUGGAUGGUCUUCUGCCCAAGGAUCUGCCAUCUUCAGAGGGAAUGAGCGACUUUCUGAGCGUUCUGAAGUGCCGACCUUUGCCGCUGGAGCUCGAGGACAAGAGCCGACUGCAGGUGUUCAAGGGUGAGGUAACGAGGAUCAUCCUGUACUGCUACAAGAACCGCAUCACGCCCACGGUCAAGAUGCUGCAGAGUAAGCUUCGCGAGUGUCAGCGCUUUUCGGAGGAGCAAAUCAGUGCAAUUCUUCAAGUGUGUGCUCGAGAUGCACCAAUGCUCUACCACAUUCAGCCUCCCAUGCGCGGCGAGCAACCUGUCAUCUUUCUUGCCAAAAGCCCAAUCUGGUUUCAAGGCUUUGUCAACCAAGAGGAAGAGCAACAGCCGCAGAACACAAAUGAUGACGCCGUUGACAAGGGCUUCCAGGACCCGGAGGUCGUGAAGGUGUUCCAGCAGAUGCUGCAGGAUGAGAAUUUGUUGCUGCCGCGCCAGGUCUCCGAAGCUGCGUCGAAGUUGCAGCAGAAAGUGCAGCCUUUCUGGCACGUUUCGACCCUGGAGCUGGAGCUUAUGUUGCGCGACGCUAUGAGCAAGAAGCUUCUCAAGUCUUGGGCUGAUGGAAUGCGCCCUGUCAUUCAUCGAAAGAAUGCGAAACCUAUGCCUAUCGGCCCGCUGGCCCCGGGUGCCUGCAAUGCAAACAACAUUGGACUUGUGCGCGCAGAGGCUUCCAUCAAUGGCAGCCAGGCUGAAUCUGAGCUUUCUACGGAGAACGAUAAGGACAACGAGGCAGGCUUCAGCUGCCCUGGGAACACAUUGACGCAGGCUCGAAAGGAUGUGACAGACUUGCUCACGGACACCUCAAGCUACGUGGACAUGAGAGGUUGCCGUCGGGCUCCUGUCCUGAGGUUUCCUAGUGGCCUGCGCUUCUCAACGCUCAAGGAGCAUUUGCGGACUUGCAAUGAUGGACUCUUCAGUGAGACGUCCUUUACUUGCCCAGCUGCCAAGAAUUGGACGGAGAAGGUGAAUGGUCUCAGCAGUAUGUUUGCAGGUGCACCCCCGGGGCUGUCGAAAGCCGGAAAGGGAGUCAUCGGCCCGUCGCGUAUUCGUGCUCCAGGUCCACGGUCAUCGGAGUGAGGCUGCGCAUGUGGAAGGACUCGCAGGUGUCGCCUUGCUGGAAGGCGUGCAGUCUUUUGCGCCUGGUGUUUUUUGUUGGACA